CCGGUCCAAACCUUAGUUGCACGCAACCCCCGUUGGAAUCCCCCGACCUUCACCACUUCAGCGACUUCUGCCGACUCGCUUCCAUUGGUCUUUUCUGCUUUCUCCAUUACUCAAAAUGCGUUACCAAGACUUUGAUGUUAUCCUCUUUCCUGGGACUGUUCAUAGCCAGCGAGUUCCCUUGCCGGAGUUUCGCACGACUCAUUGUUUUACUACGGACCCUGAUGCUCCUGCUGCCCUUCCAAAGCUUCAGUUACCUACACCUGGUGAGCCUGGUGCCGGGCACGAGGACGUGCCUUCACCUGUAUGCUUGCCCACUGUGCAUACAUUCGUGCCAAGAUUGGGCGUGGACGAGCGAUUCGUUGUCAGCAUUCACUCAUGGGCACGACUCAUCCCUAGCCCUUUUACCUAUGAAAUGGCCGCGGCGAUGUCGAAUGAAGGCAUGAGAACGCAUAUAGCGUGGGAGUUUAGGGUUUUUGUGGAUGGCGUUCCUGUUGCUUCGAGUCAUUGCGUUCAAGAUACGCUGUUUCCUUUCACGAUUGACAGUGCUGGUCACGAUGCUCGAGGUCUCCCAAUCCCUCUUACGUUUCCACCUCAACCCUGCCCAACCACCACCGAUCCCUGGAUCUUCUCCCCCGCAUCCACCGCCUCCUCCGUCAAAAUCGUCAUCACGGAAGGCUUUUUGUCGUAUCACACGAAUGGGAGCAUUAAACCAUAUUUUACGAGGACGAGAAAUGUUUGUGGGUUCAUUGCGAGGUAUUGUGAGAGAGCGUUUUUGGAGGCGGCUGGGCUGUAUUAUCCUUCGACUCGUCCGUUGGAUUUGGCUGCUAUGUCGCUUGUUGAGCCGCGUCUUCCUCAAUUGACUGAAGCCGCCGGUGCCGGGUUUGAUGUGGAUCUCUUCGAGCCUGGAGCACCUAUCACCCCUGCCACGCCCGGAGAGUGGUCCAUGCCUACUCCACUCGAAACUACUGAAUCGACAGAUCCUGUACCUCAAAACUCUUCGCACCCAGAGCCUGACCCUACUACCGCAUUGUUCGUCUUCGAGGACCCGUCAACCAACAUUGGUACUAGCGAAGUUCCCGAAGAAGUCAAGACGCCCGGUAAAGGCAAGAAGGCCAGAGUCAAGGUGGAAGACGAAGGCUACAAGUUAAAGGGAGUGAAAGACAAAGCGAUUGAGAAGAGGAAGAGUUCGAGGUUGGAGAGGACUUUGAACGGCAUGCCCCUUGAGGAGAUGAAGAAUAUUUGAAUCGAGUUUGAGAAGGAGCGUGAUGUUUCGUUGGGUAAUGUCGCGGAUGCCAUAUUUUCAUUGCAUAUACACAUUAUCAAAAGGCGGCUAUACACGGUCACGUCUCA